AGAGCCUCUCCUCAUUCAGACUCAGGAUUCAGAGAAGAAGAAAUCGCAGCCGCAGCGCUGCUGGAGUGUAGAACUGACUAUUACUUAAUGUUUAUAGAGAUAUAGAGUUAUAGAGUUAUAGAGUUUAACUCGGCGGAGUUUAAGCUGAUCUCUGGAGGAUGAACUCGGUAACGGGGAAGAUGUUGCUCAUGCAGAACACACGAGCACUGGCCCAGGCUCUGUCUCUGAUUCGGGCACCAUUGUUAAAGCAACAAAUACCAUUGGGUUUUCUGUUCUCAGCUGACAGACAGUACAAAUCCAUGCCUACUCAUGGGAUAGGUCGAUACAGGUUUUUACUUCCUAAGGAGCAGGUAAAGAAGAAGAAAGAAAAACCUCAGGCGAAGGCGAUCAAGGCUGCGACGGGGACUCAGUAUGGUGUCCUGAAUGUGGUGGUGUCUGGCUAUGACAUGACUCUGGUAGAACAUUACUCCCAGUACGUCCAUAACCUCUGUAACCGGCUGGACAUCAAAGUGGAGGAAAGCUAUGCAUUGCCAACUAAGAGCAUGGAGGUCAUGGUCAUGCCAGAGCAGGGCACCAAGAUGUAUGUGGAUGUAGUUCUCAAAACCCAUGAGAGGGUUGUUCAGAUCAGCGAAAUGAAGGCUUCACUGACUUCUAUAUUCAUGGAGAUCCUUCUUAAAAACCAACCAGAGGGAGUGCAGCUGUCUGUAAAGGAGCACACUGAGGCAGACUACCAGUGCCGGUUCAAAGCACGACCAGAAAUUGACAGCCUGAUAGCUCAGAUGUCUUAAAGCUACAAAAUUUGGAUAUAUUGAGGACUAAACACCAUUAGGCUUGUUUUUUUAUAUGAUACAGUUUAUUGUACACAUUAUGUAAAAAUAUGUUAAUAAAUGAAAGUGUGGGUGUUCAAUAUAA